CGGGUCGGAGGCGGCGGCAUUUGGCGCGGGCGCACGGACGGGUGGUUGGCGCGGGCGGGCGAGGCGAGGCCGGGCUUUCCGAUCCUUCCUUCCUUCCUCAAUUCGGAGACAGCGAUCCCCCUCGGCGCCAUGGACAUGAAGAAGAGGAUUAACCUGGAGCUGAGAAACAGGACUCCAGCGGAUGUUAAAGAACUUGUUCUUGACAAUUGCCGAUCAAAUGACAGCAAGUUUGAAGGACUGUCGGCAGCAUUUGAGAGUUUAGAAUUUCUCAGCAUGAUCAAUGUAAUGCUGACAUCUGUAUCAAACCUCCCAAGGUUGAUUAAACUAAGAAAGCUUGAACUAAGCGAUAACAGAAUAUCUGGAGGCCUUGACGUUCUGGCGGAAAGAACCCCAAGUCUUACACAUUUAAACCUCAGUGGAAAUAAAAUCAAAGACAUCAACACUUUGGAGCCCCUGAAGAAACUUCUGAAUUUGAGGAGUCUCGACUUAUUUAAUUGUGAAGUGACCAAUUUAAACGACUACCGAGACAGCAUGUUCACGCUGCUGCCCCAGCUCACAUACCUCGAUGGGUACGACCAGGAUGAUCAGGAGGCACCUGAUUCCGACGUAGAGGGUGAUGGGGAUGGUCUUGAUGACGAGGAGGAGGAAGAUGAUGAUGAGGAAAACGAGGAAGUGGAAGAGGAGGAUGAGGAUGAUGAUGAAGAGGGGGAGUUUGAUGCCUUGGACGAGGAGGACGAAGAUGAACUAGAUGGUGAAGAUGAUGACGAGGAUGAGGACGACAGUGAGGAUGAGGAUGAGGAUGAAAAAUCUGAAGAUGAAGAAGAAUCCAAACAGGCAGUCCAAGGCCAGAAACGGAAGAGGACCCCAGAGGAUGACGGAGAAGAAGAUACUGAGGAUGAUGAAUGAACUCAGUAGACGUAUAGACUGUGACUGUGGUUGAUAUUCACAUCAAGUGACAUUCCUCUGAGACAGUAUCUGUAGCUAUGGUGAUGUGUACAAAUGAAAUAUACAUUUCAUAAGUUAUUCUGUUUAAAAAGUGCAUUUAUAACUAAUGAUCACAUUUCUGACAAGUUGGAUACACUAUCUGGAUUGCUGGAAGUCUGGAAUGUUGCCUUAGGCUGGUCAGAGUUGCCACUGUGGAACCAAAGUUAUACAACAAAAACUUAGGUAGUCGUCAAUUCCCCCUUUGUAGUAAGAAUCACGUUUCAAUCCCAGAUGACAAGCCAAUGUUUAUAGCUGUGGAGUCCUCCACCAACUCGCCCCCCUCCCCUCCCCUCCCCGGUUGCACUUUCUUUGAAUAUUUUUUUCCGCCCCCACCCAUGGAUUGAUAUUCCAAAGAGUGACAGUGACGAUCGAGUCGCUGGCAAUGUCGCACAUCGUCAUUAAGUGCAAGUGCUUCCAUUCCUUUGCCAUAGCAGAAUGCGGUGACGUCAACAUUAGAACAAGCAGGCUGAUUCGCCCGAAUGAUUCUUGUGGUUACUCUCACAAAGGCCUGUCUUGAGCCCUUUGCAUUCAAAUUAGAAUUUGCCUCUACUGUGCCUUAUAGUGUCGUUGAUAGAACGGACAGUUUUUUUUUUGUUAUAUGUGAUUAGGAUUACCGAGCUGAUGCUGUACUAACGUCUUAGGAAGUACGAUAGGACAGACUGAGCAAUCUGUCAGAAAUGUCUUUUUUUUUUUUAAAUGCCAGUGUCCACUAUUGACUACUUAUUGUUUUAGCAUUUCCAUAGCAACAGAACUGACACAAGAACUGAGAGCAGAACUCUCUUUUAGGAAGCUGUCUUUUUUUUUUCAGAAAUCUUGAGUAUACGAAACAAGAUUCACAAUUGAGGUAUAUUUUCUAGUUGAGGCUAUGGGAGACUUGGUGACGCCCUAACCUUUGAGGCAGAGUUCUAGCCACUUCUGUUGGCGUUCUACUGCUGGACGGAGGUCAAACCCGAUCCAUUAGAAACGUCAACAUGAUUGUCUAGAACCAGAGACACCUUGCAAUAGUUUACCAGUUUUUCUGAAAAAAGGUUGUUCAGUUUUGAAGUACAAAUGCAAAAAAAAAAACCUUAUAAAGAGGAAAGUAAAUGGCUUUCAAAUAUUUGUAUAAACUCGGUCAACAGUCUCUUUGUAUUAUAA